AUGUCUACUGAACAAGAUCCUGAUACGGGUGGCGAUGCCCCCAAAGCGGACCAUCCGGAUACCAAACACACCCUGUCUAUGGACUCCAUGGAUGUCGAAAAGUAUGCGGUAUCUCCCAUCAAGUUGUCCGGUCUCAAGCUCGUCGGCCUGGCUUUCUCCUGUCUCGGUGUGAUAUACUCUGACAUCGGUACCUCCCCGAUGUAUGUGUUGAACGGUAUCUGGCCUGCUGCUGGCUCUGCGCCUUCUCGAGAGGACGUCAUUGGUGGUAUCUCAGCGAUCAUAUGGGCUCUCACCAUCAUCCCUCUGCUCAAAUAUGUUGUCUUUGCUCUUGAAUUCGGCACCGACAAGGGUGAGGGUGGUCCUUUCGCGCUCUUUAUGGGUCUCUUUCCAAAGGCCGAAGCGAGCCCCGACGGUCGUAGCCUCACGACAUACAACACCAACGAUGGCGAGGUGCCGUACGACUCCUCUGGGCGACUGGCAAAACUCCGGAGGUUCAAGUGGCCCUUGUUUGCGUGGACAGUAUUUGGAACUGCCUUGACGCUGGCUGAUGGUAUCUUGACCCCGGCUGUAUCCGUCACCACAGCUGUGGGAGGUAUCGCUGUCGCCAAACCGUCUGUCAUCAACGACAUUGUACCGAUAUCCAUCUGCUUCCUCAUCUGCCUAUUCGCGGUACAACGUUUUGGUAUUCACAGAAUCUCAGUCAGCUUUGCACCGGUCACUACCAUCUGGCUCUUGUUGAUAGGCUGUACCGGUAUCUACAACAUUACGCUUCACCCAGGUAUCUUCCGAGCUGUCGACCCUUCUCGAGCUGUGAUGUGGUUCGUGAGGACCAAGAACUACGAUUACCUUGCUGGUGUUCUUCUUUGUCUCACCGGUUCAGAGGCCAUGUUUGCCAACUUGUCUCAAUUCAAUAAAGCAUCCAUUCGUCUAAGCUUCGCCUGUUUCGUCUAUCCCAUGCUCGUACUGGCCUAUCUUGGCCAGGGAGCAAGUCUCAUCGUCAACCCCAGUGUUGUCAGCUCCAUCUUCUACCUGACCAUCCCUGGCGGAACCGGAGGGGCGUUGUAUUGGAUUGAAUUCAUCUUUGCCAUCCUUGCUUCGCUUGUAGCUUCCCAAGCCAUGAUCUCUGGCAGUUUCUCGCUUCUCCAUCAGCUGAUCGGAAUGCAAGCUUUCCCGCCACUUCGGAUACAUCACACCUCGACCGUGAUUUCUGGACAGAUCUAUAUUGGUGCUGCCAACUGGCUACUGUUCAUUGGUACGGUGGCAGUUGUGGGCGGAUUUGGUUCCUCUGCGGCAUUGACACAUGCCUAUGGCUUUGCUGUCGCCACGGUACUCUUCGUGACCACUACCCUCAUCGCUCUCAGCAUACCCUUCACCAAGAACCUGCCUUACGUCUUGGGCGUACUCUUUCUCCUCGUGUUCGGCUUUUUUGACGGUCUCUUCUGGGGCGCAUCUCUCAAGAAGGUGCCUACAGGUGCAUGGUUCCCACUCGCCCUCGGCGGUGUGCUGUGUAUCAUCAUGGUCUUUUGGGCCUACUGUCGUCUCCUCGAGUCGUCUUUCGAGGAGUCCAACAGCCAGCGCCUGACCCGCCUUCUCAUCCCCAUGCCCCACGGCCCAUCCGAACUUCAGUUCACCUCGGCCUCUCUCCCUUCUUCGGCAUCUCCUUCGGCCCACGAGAACGACGAUACCGAUAUCGGGCUGACGUUUUUCGAGCCUACCGGCACAGAGAGAGAAGAUGAAGGUCCGAAGGAUCUGGGACUGGUCCUGCCUACGGGGGAGAUCAGGAGCUUGACAAGAGUCCCGGUGAUGGCGGUCUUUCACCGCAAUGAAGGUGGGAAGGGCGCGCCGUACAGUUUUGCCAAGUUUAUGAGCCACUACCCUGCCUUGCCUUCCGUGGUAGUGUUUCUGACCAUAAGAGUUGUCGGCGUGCCGUUCGUACCUCACAGUGACCGUUAUGUCGUCAACAAAGUGCGCUCGCUGGAAGGAUUCUUUAGUGUCACAAUGAGGAUGGGCUACCUGGACCGUACUCCUCCUUCUACCGACGACCUCAUCCACCUCAUCACCCCCCUCGCCUCCCGCUCAGCCUCUAACGCCUCCCUCGCCCUCACCCGCGUCAGCUCGAUUCUCAAAGCGAGCAAGGUCGUCUCCCACGUCGUGCCUCAACAUGUGAUCAGAAGUAAAGGCGGCCGGAGGAACGUGGUUUGGAAUUGGGUGAGGAGGUUGCUGGUGGAAGAGGUCUAUGCGAGGGCGAGGGUGAUGUGGCCAGAUAGGGUUGAGGUUGAGGAUCGGGAAAGGUGA